AUGGCGGGGCGCUGCCGAGACAAGCUCACUAUUCUGUCAGCCAAUGUUAGGGGUCUGCAGACUAACAUCGGUGACCUGACGCACAGUCACGUGCUGCCUCAAAACCCUGACGUCAUUGCCACAGUGGAGACCUUCCUAAACUCCUCGGUGCCCGCCAACUACGGACAGCUGCAGGACUACACAACAUGGCACCGCCGAGACAGAACGCAUGGCACUUUUGGUAGUGUUGCCGUGUGCUUUAGGAAGUCUCUCUCUGUACAGGUGGUGGAAGUAGACAUGCCAGAGCACCUGGAGCUCAUAUUUUUUAAGGUGUGGACACACAAUAAUGAAGCAGUGCUCCUUUGUGUGUGUUACCGCCCUCAGUGGCAGGGAAGUGAGCCUCUUCACUUUAUCCACACUAAUCUGGAUGCCCUACUGUACCAGCAAACCUGCAAACACCUCAUCAUCAUUGGUGACCUCAACCAGCACCUUGUGGCGAGGAGGAUUAGUCACCUGCCGCCCACUCGGUACCCUGGGUCAUCUGACCACGUGGCCAUCCUUACGACAGUGAAAGUGAGGGUGGACAGGGAUGAACCGACAACGCGCACCAACUGGCUUUGGCGGCGAGCUGACUGGGAGGCACUGAGAGCUGAGCUCAGCCAGACAAACUGGGAGGAUCGUCUCACUGGCACCCUUAACGAACAGGUGGAGGCCUUCACCAGUUACCUGCUGUCCCUUCAGUCAAAGUAUGUGCCCUGCCAGACAUAUAAAUCAAGACCAGGGGAUCAGCCAUGGUUUGGAUUUCGCUGUCGUGAAGCGGCGGACUUGAAGAGCAGGGCCUGGCGACGACUGAGAGCAAGCAGCACCCAAGCCAACCGUCAGAAUGUUGGUAAGAAGGAGUGGUGGAGUAGCUUGAAGCAGCAGCAGGGCCUGGCCACGGACUCCACCAUCCCCCCACUCACCACACCGAGCGGUGAGGUAGUGACGAGAGGGACGGACAAAGCCGAGCUAUUCUCCGCCCACUUCUCCAUCAAAAUGAGUGUUACCCACCCAAACAACACUCCACCCAGGAUCCCAGUGCUAACAACUGCUGAGCUGGACAGCCUGCACAUCACCAUGGAAGAGGUGAUGGCCCUGCUCAGCAAGACCGACACGAAGAAGGCUCUGGGACCAGACAACAUCAGCCCUCACAUACUCAGGCAAUGUGCAGCUGAGCUCGCCACUCCACUCACCCAGCUCUACCGGGAAUGCCUCACUUCCCAAACAUGGCCAGCACUCUGGAAGCAGGCCAGAGUGGUGCCUUUUGGGUUCAGGCAGGGUAAGUCGGCAGCCGACCUGCUUCUCCUAAACUCUACGGAGUGGAUCACCGCGAUAGACAGUGGGAAAGAGGUGUUCGUCGUUGCCCUGGAUAUCGCCGGUGCUUUUGACAGAGUGUGGUUCAAGGGAGUGGCAGCCAAACUGAGGAGCCUUGGAGUGUGUGGAGGACUGCUGCACCUCCUGGAGGACUACCUUCAUGGCAGAACCCUGCACACUGUUGUUGAUGGCCACUCGUCCUCCCAACACCAUAUCAAAGCCAGCGUCUCUCAGGGCAGUGUCCUCGGGCCUCUGUUGUGGUGUGUAUAUUUCAAUGACAUACUGCAACUAGUCCCCGAGGCCAAAGCGUAUGCAGACGACUGUUAA